CGCCCCCGACGCCCACACGGCCACCCCACGCCGCGGCCGCAGCCGCCGGGCCCCCAAGGCCACCAUGAAGAAGGAGGUGUGCUCCGUGGCCUUCCUCAAGGCCGUUUUCGCUGAGUUCCUGGCCACCCUCAUCUUCGUCUUCUUCGGCCUGGGUUCGGCUCUCAAGUGGCCAUCGGCGCUGCCGUCCAUCCUGCAGAUCGCCAUGGCCUUUGGCCUGGCUAUAGGUACUCUGGCCCAGGCCCUCGGGCCCGUCAGUGGUGGCCACAUCAACCCGGCCAUCACCCUGGCCCUCCUCGUUGGCAACCAGAUCUCGCUGCUCAGGGCUCUCUUCUACGUGGCAGCCCAGCUGGUGGGCGCCAUUGCUGGGGCAGGCAUCCUCUACGGGCUGGCACCACAAAAUGCCCGGGGCAACCUGGCCGUCAACGCGCUCAACAACAACACAUCAGCAGGCCAGGCCGUGGUGGUCGAGCUGAUCCUGACCUUCCAGCUGGCCCUCUGCAUCUUCUCCUCCACGGACUCCCGCCGCACCAGCCCUGUGGGCUCUCCAGCCCUGUCCAUUGGCCUGUCUGUCACGCUGGGCCACCUCGUGGGGAUCUACUUCACCGGCUGCUCCAUGAACCCAGCCCGCUCUUUCGGUCCCGCAGUGGUCAUGAAGCGGUUCAGCCCCUCGCACUGGGUCUUCUGGGUGGGGCCCAUCGUGGGAGCCAUCCUGGCUGCCAUCCUUUACUUCUACCUGCUCUUCCCCACCUCCCUGAGCCUCAGCGAGCGUGUGGCCGUCAUCAAGGGCACCUAUGAACCUGAAGAGGACUGGGAGGAGCAUCGGGAGGAGAGGAAAAAGACCAUAGAGCUCACUGCCCACUGA